CCAACACUCUUCGAUAACCGAUACCAAUAAAGGGAAAUAAAUAUUACAACUAAUAUUAUCUAGUAAAUAAAAUCAGGCAAUAUGAGCUCGGGGCCCAUACGCACACCCGUCUCGCAGAUCAUCCUGAGCAAGCACGACCAAGAUGCCGAGGAGGAGCCCAAGAAGAAGUCCCGCGAGGACUGGCGUAAGGCCAAGGAGCUGGAGGAGGCUCGAAAAGCGGGAACAGCUCCAGCCGCCGUCGACGAGGAGGGUCGCGACAUAAAUCCACAUAUCCCGCAGUACAUAUCAAAUGCACCAUGGUAUUACGGAUCGGCGGGGCCUACUCUCAAGCAUCAGCGGCCCCAGCACGAGGACGAGCAAGGACAGCUGGACAAGAGGGCUCCCAAGGGACUCAACACCACACGCAUCAUCACCAAGUUCCGUAAGGGAGCCUGCGAGAACUGCGGCGCCGUCACACACAAACGCAAGGACUGCCUGGAGCGGCCGCGGAAAGUCCAAGCCAAGUAUGCUGAAUCCAUCGUCGUGCACGAUGAGCAUUUGGUCAAUGAGGCGGCGGUGAACUAUGACGAGAAACGAGAUCGCUGGAGCAGUUACGAUCCAGCCAAUCACAGAGAGAUCAUUGAGGAGUACGAAAAGGUGGAGGAGGCCAAGCGACAACUCAAGGCAGAGAAGCUCAAAAAUGAUCCCGAUGCUGAAAUAUCCGAUGAGGAGGGCAACGAGGACAAAUAUGUGGACGAAGUGGACAUGCCCGGCACCAAGGUGGACUCAAAACAGCGAAUUACAGUGCGUAACUUGCGUAUUCGCGAGGAUACGGCGAAGUACCUGAGGAACUUGGACCCCAACUCCGCCUACUACGAUCCCAAAACACGCUCCAUGCGUGACAAUCCCAAUCCUGCUGUUCCGGAAGAGGAAGCUGAGUUUGCUGGCGAGAACUUUGUGCGCUUUUCUGGAGACACUACCGCCCAAGCCACCGCCCAGUUGUUUGCCUGGGAAGCACAUGGCAAAGGAGUUGAUGUGCAUCUGCUAGCCGAGCCAACUAAGUUGGAGCUGCUUCAGAAAGAGUACGAACAGAAGAAGGAGCAGUUCAAGUCAAGUACCAAAACGCACAUUGUGGAGAAAUACGGAGGCGAAGAACAUCUGCAGGUUCCGCCGAAGUCGCUGCUGCUGGCGCAGACCGAGGAGUACAUCGAGUACUCUCGCAGCGGCAAGGUGAUAAAGGGUGUGGAGAAGCCGAAGGCGCGCAGUAUCUACGAGGAGGAUGUGUACAUCAACAACCACACAACGGUUUGGGGAAGUUUCUGGAACGCCGGUCGCUGGGGUUACAAGUGCUGCAAGUCCUUCAUCAAGAACUCCUACUGCGUGGGCAUGCAGGAACCAGAGGGCUACUCGGAACAGCAUCACACUAGCUCCACUGCAGCAGCUACAUCAGCUACAUCAGAAUCCGCAGAUCAAACACAAUUUAAGGUACCAGAAGUGCCACCAGAAAGGCUCGCCUCCGAAGUUGACUCAGCACCGAGUUCAGAAUCCUCCUCAUCGGAAGAGGAGGAGGUAAAACCAGAGAAGAAGUCCAAAAAGAAGUCAAAGAAGCGCGAGAAGAAAAAGAAGGCCAAGGAGCAGCGAAAGCAAAAAUCCAAGAACAAGGAGACCAAGGACAAGGAGAAGACAAAGGAUAAAGAUAUUCCCGAGGAACUGGAUGAUCGCAAACGAGCCUACAACAGCAUGUAUGAUGUUAAGGCACCCACAGAGGACGAGAUCGAGGAGUGGAAGAAGAAGCGGCCAAGGGCAGAAGAUCCCAUGCUGCAAUUUAUGUAGGCAAUAAAGUACAAUUAAUAUUCUUAUAUUAAAAUUCUUUUGGAUCUUAAUAAGUAAAAAA